ACUUAUCCUCUCAAACAAACAAAGAAACGCGUUUUAAACGAUCCGAUUAUUUUAAUUAAAAAAAAAAAAAACAAAGAUCCGACGAUGUCUGGUUCGACCCGGAAAGAAAUGGAUCGGAUCAAAGGACCAUGGAGUCCUGAAGAAGACGAUCUGUUACAAACGCUUGUUGAAAAGCACGGGCCAAGGAACUGGUCCCUCAUUACCAAAUCGGUCCCUGGACGUUCCGGUAAAUCUUGCCGUCUCCGUUGGUGUAAUCAGCUUUCUCCGGAGGUUGAGCACCGUGGCUUCACGGCGGAGGAAGACGAUACCAUCAUACGCGCUCACGCUCGGUUCGGUAACAAGUGGGCUACGAUCGCUAGGCUUCUCAAUGGUCGCACCGAUAACGCCAUUAAGAAUCAUUGGAACUCUACGCUGAAGCGUAAAUGUAGCGGGCAGAGAGGAGGGUACGAUGGUAGUUUAACUGAUGAACAGCCGUUAAAACGGACGGCGAGUGGUGGCGGUGGAGUUGGAGUUGUGUUGACGGCGUUAAGCCCGACGGGAUCUGACGUCAGCGAGCAGUCUAGUGGAUCUGUUUUGCCGUCUUCCCACGUUUUUAAACCGACGGCUAGAGCUGGUGGGGUUUUGAUUGAGCAUUCGUCGUCAGAGGAGGAGGAAGAGAAAGAUCCGGUGACUUGUUUGAGUUUGUCUUUGCCUUGGGUCAAAGAGUCAACUCCGGUGAGAAGAGAUACGGCAGAGUUGUUUCCGGUGAAGAGAGAAGAAGAAGAAGAAGAAGAAGAAGAGAAGGAACGAGGGAUUAAUGGAUUCGGUGGAGGCUUUAUGACAGUGUUGCAGGAGAUGAUCAAGACGGAGGUUAGGAGUUAUAUGACGGAUUUGCACCUAGGGAACGGCGGUGGAAAUGGCGGCGGCGGAGGAGGAGGAGGAGGAGGAGCAAGUUCGUGUAUGGUGCAAGGAAGUAAUGUAGGGUUUAGAGAGUUUAUUGGAAUAGGAAAGAUCGAGUAGUGAGAAAGAGAGAAGAGCCAAAUUUGUUCAAUUCAUUCGAAAAUAAAACUUAAUAAAUGGAUUGAUUUUUGCAUCAUUACAUAACAUAAAUCAUAUGUUCCGGAGUUGUGUGUUAAUGAGAUUCUUUGUGUUGUUGUAGUGA